CAGCAACCGCAGGGAAGGGCAGUUCCAGGGUUACCCUGCAGGGAAAAUAAGGGCUUCACCGUACCUCCACAGGACUAUUCUCAAGCAGGAAAGGCGACCGUAAACCAGCUUCAAAGAUGAGAGGCACAACUUACUCCCAGAAGUCCCUGACGGUCUGUGGCUCCAGCAAGAUGCGGGUGCAGAGCCCCUCCCCCUCCCGAUACCGCAGCUCCUCGUACAGCAGGGGCCGCGCAGGGUUCCAGGGCACCGCCGUGGAGGUCGGGACGGAGAUACACCAGCUCCACGCCAACGAGAAGGAGGAGAUGCAGGAGCUGAACGUCCGCUUCGCGGGCUACAUCGAGAAAGUGCAGGCCCUGGAACAGAGGAACGCGACCCUGCGGGCGGAGCUGGAUAAUCUGAGGGGGCGCUACAAGGGCGGGCCCACUGGCAUUGCCGACGAGUACGAGCUCAAGUUCAAAGAAAUGAGGGAUCUAAUCGAGGGCCUGACCAAAGAGAAAGGAGCGGCCGAUAUAGAGAGGGGCUAUAUCGAGGAGGAAGUGGAGAUGUGGAGGCUCAAACUGGAAGAAGAGCUAGCUCUCAAAGCGGAGGCAGAAAUGAUCCUCCGAGAGUUCCGUGAAGAUGUGGACAACGCCACCCUGCAGAAGGCAGAUCUCGAAAGGAGAGUGGAACAGCUGGUGGCCGAGAUCGAGUUCCUGAAGAAACUGCAUGACGAAGAGGUGGCUGACCUCACAAAGCAGAUCCAGGAAUCAACGGUGACGGUGGAGCUGGACGUCGACCGGCCCGACCUGGCUGCCUACCUGCGCAGCAUGCGAGCCGAGAUUGAGCAGGUGGCCUCCCGUAAUGUGAAGGAGGCAGAGAAGUGGUACAAGACCAAGUUCGACACUCUGAAGGAGCAUGCCAGCAAGCAUGAGGGCCAGAUGCAGACCAUGAAGCAGGAGAUCACCACCUUCUGCAACCAGGUGACCGACCUGCAGAACCAGAUCGACAGCAUUCGUGCCCGCAACGCGGCCCUGGAGCAACAGCUAGAAGACAUGGAGGUGGGGCACCUGGAGAAGAUGGCUGGCCUUGAGCACACCAUUGCCCAGCUGGAAAACCAGCUCUGUGAGACCAAGGUAGAGAUGGGCAAGUACCUACAAGACUACCAGGACCUCCUCCACAUCAAGCUGAAGCUGGAUGCUGAGAUUGCCACCUACAGGAAGCUUUUAGAGGGGGAGGAGAAGAGGCUGGGUAUUUCCUCAGAGGGCGUGUUAGGCCAAUAAUUCCAGCUCUGGAACAGCAGUCACAGAGGAGCGUAUCACCUCAGUGUCCCGCAGCAUGGAGACUCACACAGCUUCCACAACACCUGCUUGAUGCCCCCUCUAUCACAUUCUGUCCUGAGAAGGCCGUCAGUCGCCCCUGCCAAACCCUUCACAUUGGGAGUGUCCAUAUCCUGAAAUGCUAACCUGGCCUCCUGUGACCGUCCAUUUUGACCCCCCCCCCACCCCCAACCCAAUGUAACAAAACCAAUGAUGUUCAUGUGUACUAAAGUGCCUCUUAAUAAAGCUUGGACUUGAGCACA